CAGACACAAUGCAAGGUGCUUUGAUGAUUAUUACAAUAUGGUUUAUAAUGUCAUUGACAAGUUGUUUUCUACGAAUAACAAUUGGUAAUCGUAUCAAAAGUGAAUGGACAGGUGAUAAGGGUAUGUUUUACUAUGGUGGAACAGUUCAAUUAGGAUUGUUAUUAGGAACUAUACCAUUAUAUAUCUUAAUUAAUCUAUUUGGCAUUUUUGUUGAUCGAAAACCAUGUCAAGUAUAUUGCGUAUCUUGA